GCAUAAGCCGACCACAAUACAAGACUUCUUGUGGCAUCUCUUCAUUAAUUUCUUGCUGGAAUUUCUUAUAUAGCACAAUGGGAGCUGGAAGCCUUCCACCUAUUACCCAAGAAGAGGCGCUACACAUUUUGGGCUUUCAACCGCCAUUUGAAGAUAUUAGAUUUGGCCCUUUCACUGGAAAUACCACACUCAUGAGAUGGUUUAGACAAAUUAAUGACCAUUUCCAUGUGAAAGGAUGCUCUUAUGUUCUAUAUAAGCCCCAUGGGAAGAAUAAAACAGCUGGAGAAACUGCUUCGGGAGCCUUGUCGAAGUUAACGCGUGGAUUGAAAGAUGAGUCGCUGGCUUAUAUCUACCAUUGCCAGAAUCAUUAUUUUUGUCCAAUAGGCUUUGAAGCCACCCCUGUUAAAGCUAAUAAGGCGUUCAGCAGGGGUCCUCUCUCACCACAGGAAGUAGAAUAUUGGAUUUUAAUUGGAGAAUCAAGCAGGAAGCACCCUGCCAUUCACUGUAAAAAAUGGGCAGAUAUUGUUACUGAUCUAAACACUCAAAACCCAGAAUACCUAGAUAUCCGGCACUUAGAAAGAGGACUGCAGUUUCGGAAAACAAAGAAGGUCGGGGGAAAUUUGCAUUGCAUUAUAGCAUUCCAGAGACUCAGUUGGCAAAGAUUUGGCCUCUGGAACUUUCCAUUUGGAACCAUUAGACAAGAAUCCCAGCCUCCAACACAUGUGCAAGGAAUCGCCAAAUCUGAGAGUGAAGACAAUAUCUCCAAGAAGCAGCACGUGCGUCUGGGCCGGUCCUUCAGUGCAAGUUUCCAUCAGGACUCAGCUUGGAAAAAGAUGUCUAGUAUCCACGAGAGAAGGAACAGUGGCUACCAGGCCUAUGGUUAUGAUGGGAACGACUGAGCAUGCUAGGUACUGACAACGGAGUUACCCAUAUAGUGCUCAUGUACAGGACUACGUCACGAUGGUAGAAGAUGUUAUUGAGUCUACGUUAAUAGGAAUGGAUUUCCUGGUAAAAAGCAUAACCUCGUAGUUCUCUAGUAAAUAAGCUUAUAUAGGAUUAUGAUGGGUGAUUUCAGAUAUAUAAGCAGGUAAGCACAGAUUAUUGCCCUUUUGAAAUGAAGAGCAUAUAAGUAAUCUGGACAAAAAGUUUCAUCAAAUCAGAUAAAAUUAUAGCUGCUUCUGAACAGAAACACAAAUUCACUUAACUGCAUCUAGACUUGAAAUACUUAGGCAUGAAGUGAUUUCUCAUGACCUGAUCCUCAGACAUUUGGUACAGAGAGCUGUAUUCCUAAGAUCAAGAGGUAAAGUACUGUUUGCCCUUAAAAAAAAUGGGGCUGUAAGUUUCUAGUUUUCGCUCAUGGUUAAAGCUCAUUUGAAAUUAUUUUGUGAGUUCAGUAGUUCUUUCAUUUAUAGUGUCUUCCUUGCCUUGUGUAUUUCCUGACCGUCUCAGGAUUCUCAAUGAAGAGGCAAAGGAGAAAAGAUUCAAGAGACCGAUCUUUUCUAUUGGUGCAAAAGGGUAACAAUGUUUUGGUUCAGAUAUUCUUGACUUUCUAGACAUGGUUCAUUAACAGGGAAUAUUGACAAGAACUGUAGGUCUUGAAAGGCUUGUGUAAGCCUAGGAUAGGAAUAGAGUCCGGGAGCAAGUUUUCCAUACUCAGUAGGUCUGUGCUGUGAGAUCUUCUGAUUGGUCCCUUAGUGGAGUCUGUGCUAAUAGCAGCAGUGCAGAUGUGUUAGGAAAGCCGAGGUCCCCCAGAAGACAACUGUCUGAAUUCUAAAUGCUGAGCAGCUUCCUUCUUUGAAUCAUACAAUUAGCAGUUUCAAGUGAAUGUUACAUAUUGCAGAAGUGUGGAUUUCAAAUACUUGAGCUCCUUUCUAGCUGCUAUCAGUUUUUCUGCUGCCAACCUGUGACUCACAAACAACUUGGAUCUCUUCUUUCAUUUCAGAGCCUUAUUCUAGGACUCAAAUCAGUAACUUGGUAAAUACAAGGUGCUGAAAAUGUUGGUAACCAUAUUGCAAUACACCUCGAAGAGAGGAUUCAGAUUUUUAUUUUCAAAAUGUGUUCUUUUGUUUCUCUUGAAUUUUAUAUCCAUUUAUUCACUCAUGUCUAGCCUACAGAAAGGGUAUAUAUUAUGAAAUGGUCAUUUUUCUGAAGAGAAUAUUUUGCUUGAAGUGCAAAUGACUGAAAGAGAUUUGUAGGUUGUUGAUUUUGUUACUUCAUACUGGAACUUUUAAAAAGUUUUCAUCAAAUAAAGUUUGUUUUCUACUUUUAA